UGAAUUUAUAGAAGCCGGGCGGGUGCUUUGCAUUGUUGCAUCAGGCAGGGAGGGAGAGAAAUGGCACUUCUUCCAGUUGUCUUCAGCUUCCCUCCCACCAAUCACCCUAUUCCCCUCAAAUCCAUCCCACCACUUUCACUCUCACUCUCACUCUCACUCUCACACUCACAUUCACAUUCACUCCCCAACCACAUAUUUCCAGGUCAUAAACCCAGUUUCGUGGAAGAGCUGGCGAGACGUGGUGGCAAAUCAUCAAGAAUCGCUCGCUGCUCUUCAAAGCCUGAGUCUGAGACUGAGAACCAAAAGACUAGAACUAGAAUUGUGAAAGAGAAGAGCGUUUCGGUGAUUCUAUUGGCUGGAGGGAAGGGCAAAAGGAUGGGAGCGAGCAUGCCAAAGCAGUAUCUUCCACUUUUAGGCCAACCAAUUGCUUUGUAUAGUUUUUACACUUUCUCACGAUUGAUUGAAGUGAAAGAAAUCAUUGUAGUUUGUGAUCCCUCCUACAAGGACAUUUUUGAAGGAGCCAAAGAGAAUAUUCAUGUGGAACUUAAAUUCACUCUCCCUGGAAAGGAAAGACAAGAUUCUGUCUACAGUGGACUUCAGGCGGUUGAUUUGAACUCAGAGCUUGUUUGUGUCCAUGAUUCUGCCAGACCUUUGGUAUCAUCAGGAGAUACAGAAAAGGUUCUUAAAGAUGGUUGGCUGAAUGGAGCAGCUGUACUUGGUGUUCCUGUAAAAGCUACAAUCAAAGAGGCCAACAGUGAAUCUUUUGUAGUAAGAACUCUGGACAGGAAAACACUUUGGGAAAUGCAAACCCCACAGGUGAUUAAACCUGAGUUACUUAAAAAAGGUUUUGAGCUUGUAAAUAGAGAAGGACUUGAAGUCACUGAUGACGUAUCGAUUGUAGAGCACCUCAAGCAUCCUGUAUACAUUACUGAAGGAUCUUAUACCAACAUCAAGGUCACAACCCCAGACGAUUUAUUGCUUGCAGAGAGAAUAUUGAGUAUGAGCCCUGGAGAGUCUUCUUAGUUGGCCCGACUACUUGGGCUUAAUUUUGUAUUUCAUUGUUGUACAAUUCUGAGGGCAACCUUUGUUGUAUAUCAAUUUUCUAAUUUAUUGACUAAGUUGAGAGGCACUGAAGCAAAAACCCAAAAACAAGGAUAUCACUUGGCUUGAUUAUGUUUUAGCAAUAGUACAUAAUCCUUUGGUUCAAA